AUUGCAGCUUCCGGCGUCUGGACACGAUUUACCGUCUGAUUGAAGACUACAAAAAUGCAAUAAUUUCUCAGCCUGCAGCCCUACGUUCCUCUCCCGUUCUCCCCGUUUCGCCAAAAACAUGGCCGCUAUAGAGAAACGAUUAGAGCUAUCUGGGAAGCCAUUACAAAGACCUCCGAAACUUAUCUCUUUCUCCUUCCGGGCAGCUUCUACCCGAAACCAUUGAGAGAGGUGAGGGCUUCUAUAGAUUACUUUGAACUUUAAACAAUACAAAUAUAACAACAGUUGAGCUAGCAUGCCAAGCGGAGAAAAGCAACCCCCACUUUCAGCUAAAAAAGUUUCUUUAAGAGAUUUACCCAGCGAAAUAAAUAAUUUUGCUUCUAAUCCUCUAGAUUUUUCGCCACAUAAUGAUGGGGAAUCCAUUUCUGAAACUGCAAAGUUAUCUGGAAGUAAAAGAGAGCAACCAUGCAGCCCUUCUACUCAUCCCCAACAACACAGUAUUUACAGUGGACAUUUAGUAUACGUUCGUCGUAAGCUAGAUGUCGAACCAAGCAAACUAAGCAUAGAAAACGUGGAGAGUGCUGAUCCGCCUUGUUUGAGCAAUUAUUGGAAGGAACAGUCGAGCGAGACAAAAUCACCCAAAGAAGAGGAGACAAAGCUCUCUGGUUCUUCGACUCGGUUUUCAUCACCUUCUUCUUUCAUUUCACCUUUGAGACCAGAACCUCUUCCAGGUUCUUGGAAGCCUGGGAAUCUGAUAACAAAUCAUAAUAUUGUCUCCCCAGCUACUGAGACUGAAACUCAUAGCCAGGGUGAAGGAUAUUGGAAAGAACGAUUUGUUCGUCUGCAGACUUUUUUGAAAAAUUGUGACCAAUCUAAUCAGGAGAAAUAUAUUCAGAGCCUUAGAUCGCUAUCUGCAGCUGGCCGUAGCAAGCACGCUGUUGAGCUAGAGAGAAGAGCAAUACAACUUUUGUUGGAUGAAGGGAGAGAGUUACAGAAGAUGAAGUUUCUGAAUGUAUUGGGUAAGUCCAUACCCGACUCGCAAACGACUCUCUCCUAUCAAUCAUUUUCACCCGAGCCUUUUGCUUCAGAGAAAUAGUGCUUUUACUUCUCUUCUUCUGAAAAUCUUUUCCCCACUUUUCGCUAUUUACAUGCCAAUUGCUAUUUGCAAGAGUGAAAUAUUACCCCUAAUUUUUAUGUUUCAUGGAAGAUUUUGAGCGAGAGGUCAGGGUUUAAUGUCUUAUUUUGGAAGAAAAGCUUAUUUUGAGAGCAAAUGCUAGUUCAUUUUGAAGUAUAUAUAUGCCACAAUUCUUAUGUAUUCACAUAACUAAAACCU